AUGCAGUUUCUCCGCGCGAAUCUUACACUCUUUGAAAAAUUCCUGUUACAGCAUUUUUGCGAACAGAAAGAGAAGAAGAAGGAGCGGGAUCAAAUGAUGAUGUUUUCAUCGUAUGCACCCAAAGAGCUUCGUGUCAACAUCCCGCUGACAAACCUUGCCGAGUUCGCUGAAGCAUUCCACUGUAGUCCAGGAUCACCAAUGAACUCAGCAAUAAGCCGACAACGUAUAUUUAUUUGA